AUGUUCUCCCUCUGCUCGAAGCCCGCCAACACCAACGACUCCACGGGGGCAGCAUCCCAUCAGCUACAGCACGUUACCUGCAAAACCUGCAAUUCCACGGUCGGAAAACAGAUCAAAGGAGGAUACUUACUGCGCUACAAAAAGCAAGUCCUGUGGAGCCGCUGGUCGGAAGAAUGGGUUGUCCUGUACGAUGAUUCCACCAUGGCCUGGUUCACGGAACCGGGACGGUCGUCACCUGCGGGAAAAAUUCUGGUCAAGGAGGCACCGGAAAUGCUGGCGAUAGCACACUGGACCGGGCAGAUACCACGGCGGCCACCGCUGCCGGAUGGCGUCAGCGUGUCGCAGCUGAUCGCCCUCGGGUCCCGCCGGAAGCGCUCGAAAGUGUACUGGAUGAUCGCAAAGUCAGAGGAGGAAGUCAGCGACUGGAUUACUGCUAUUACGAAAACGCUUCCACCACCGCCGCAGAUCGAGCUUGUUGUUGAUAAACCACAUCUGCUCGGUGUCCUGCGGAGGCCAAUCGUUCGGAUACGGCCGGCCACCAGCUCGGAAGUGUCAGCAAGGCGGAAAAACCGGCAUAGCAUCGAGAACAACACGACCAAGGUGAAGGGCGAGGCAGCGGUGGCCAUCAUCAAGAAGAGCGCCCAGGACAACGCGGAACCGAAAGGAUCGCUGGCCUGUGCCCUGCCCUGGGGCCACGGCUGGGGUUGGGCGACCCUGCCGAAUGGUAUCUGGAGUGGGGCGCUCACCUGGUCGCAGUGUGAGGAUUCAAUCACGUUGCACGCACUUCCGACCACGCACUGUACCAACAUGAUAGAGACACCGUGUGCCGGCGGCAUCUACCACACCGACAUCGGGCCGUUCGACCUGCACGGAAUCGAAGACGUGGGCGGCGAGGAUUUCGACUACGCGAUGGAUUGUGGGGAUUUCAUUUUCUAA